AAUGAAGCGGUUGAGGAAAAGGACAUCGGUGUAAUGUACUGCGGCGGCAUAGAGUUUAAUCGUUUCAUUUCCGUGUCGGGUUUCCCCAGGAGAAAGUGGCCUACAACUGUCCCUAUAUAAACAGUGACAGGGGAAGGGCAACCAUGGCACAUUGAAGGACAUAGACUCCUGCAGCCACCUGGUCUUUUCGUUUAAAAAAAAAACACCGUUGGAGGAUGACACGGAUGUUAGUUGUUUGCAUCUGCGGUUGCCUGAGUUUUGCAUGGCUGUCGUCAGCAAAGAGAUGUUUCAAUCAGAGGGGUGUGGAUCGGCGGGCUUCAAGGUUCAUCAUGAGCAUCCACUGCUUUAGGACGGCUGUGUCUGACAGCAUCCACCUGCAACGGCACUGGGACAGACAGAGCUGCCCCAGCUUCAAACUCCACACUGCGUCUCUGUCAUCGGUGCAAUACAACAACCGCUCUCUCUCCCCCUGGCGGUACAGAAUCGAUGAGAGAGAGGACAGGAUUCCCGCUAAAAUCCUGGUGGCUGAGUGUCUGUAUGAGGGCUGCAUCGUCAACAAGCACGAGGACAAGACAUAUAACUCUGUCCCCGUGCUGGCCACUAUCACCGUGCUCCAGAAGACUGUGUGCCCUGGCAACCCUCGACACUACCUGGUGACAGUAGACUCGGUCACCAUCCCUGUGGCAUGCACAUGUGUUGUACCCAGACAGAUGAUUUCAUCUCUUGGAUUAGGUUAAGUGUUACGGUCGUGUCCAAAAUGGCACCCUAUUCCCUAUGUAGUGCACUAUGGUACAUCCGUGUCCAAAAUGGCACCCUAUUCCCUAUGUAGUGCAAUAUGAUACAUCCGUGUCCAAAAUGGCA